AUGUCUCGCCGACUGGCCGACCCUGCGAGGCCGGGCAUGACCGCUCCGGUCCACUCGGUCGUCGAAUCUGUCAACACGACCUCGCUCUUUGCGCCAGACCCGACCCUUCCAUCGCAUACUUCCGUAGAGGGCGGCCAGAGCAGCGGCAGUGGUGGUGGCCUGACGAAUGCCAGCGUGGCAUCCACACAAGCUGCCCAGGCCGGCAGCACUCGACGACGGACCCACACCGAUCCAACACGACCUGGGCUGCUGUCUCGUCCUUCUCACAACAAGCGGGUCAUCUCGACGGCAUCAGCGACCGUGGACCCGCAUGUGGCGCUCGCCUCGGCGUACUCGGAGCUCCACCUCGCCCCGGCGACGCGCACGUCGGUCGUCACCACGACGACGACGACGACCGUCCAUUUCGCGCCGAUCCUGAUACCGCGGACGCAGCAGAUCCGACCAGUGCAAUCGUCCUUUUCGGCAGGUCCCCGACGAGGCUCCGUCGGCUCGGCAGCCCCACUCACGCCGAGUUCGACCUUUGCCGCCCUGCUCAAUUCCGAGGAAUGUCGAGCCGCCGCCGAGGCUCCGACCGGAUCGGAACCGCUCCGGCUCGACCCCAAGAUGUACCCUCUCAGUCAGGCGCCUUACCCUGGUGGACUUACACGAUUCAAGAUGCACGUCGGCGCCCAAAAAGCCGUAUUUUACGAAGGCGGCGAGGCGGGCCAGACGAACGAUUUUGGACUGCAAGGCGAGUUCGAGUCGUACGACGGCGACGGCACGGCUAGGUUGGGCAGGAGCACGUCGACCGUCCCAUUCGCGCCAGAAUCUGUCUCGCUCAAGGGAAAAGAGAGGUUCACUGCCAGCACCAACUCUUUUGCGCAAUCGGCGAACACGCCGUCGUACCUUUCUCUGUCCAAGACGGAGCGAGGACCGCUGCACCAACGUAGACUCUUGCGGAGACCUCGCAACUCGAUUGGCGGUCACGGCACGGGGGGAGUCGAUGGCUUGCCGACGGAAGACGACACGAUCGAGGAAGAUGACGAAGACUUUGGUGGGUCCCACCCUCCUCUUCACUCCGAGUCGGCACCCAUGCAUGUCGACGGCGAGGAAAUCGGACCACCCCGUAAACGGCCGCGCGCGACCAGCAUCGCCCACCAACGCAGCGAGAGUGUCGAUUCCGAAGCAGCACAGAGUCACGCUCCGACGCCUCACGUCGUUCCCACCGUCGUGACAACGCACAACAGCAACAACAACGCCAGCACGAGGAGAAGCAGCGUUGGUGGCCAAAGUCAUCAGUCCAACACCGGUGCCAUGGGUGGAUCGUUGCCCUCUCCGAACCUGAGCCCUCCGAGCCCCGUGCCCACUUUUGCCGAGGACGAUUGCCGAGACGACGAAUCAGAGGACCGACCCGAGAGUCCAACCCAGGGUCAGUCCUUGCGCGUGUACGGCCGAGCAAAGCCAGCGGCCUAGGUCUUCUGACCCUCUGUCACAAUUCACUGUUUGCAGCCAUGCGGGACAGCGCUGCCGAUGACGCCACGGCUCUGCAGUUCGACCUCGGUUCGGGCUAUGCGCUCAGUGGUCUACUCUCCCUGCCCGACUUUGUGCGCCAAUUCGACGCUCUCCCGUCUUCAUUGCAGUCCUAUUUCAUCUUCACGUUCCUCAAGCGCUCGCCGAUUCCGGUGCUGCAGACGAUCAACAACAUCAUCGCCCCCGCUUUGCGUCGUGACUUUCUCACCGACCUCCCUCCCGAACUUGGUGUCCAUGUGCUGGGCUUCCUUGACGCGCGAUCGCUUUGUCAAGCUUCGGUCGUGUGCAAAGGCUGGCGACGGCUCGUCGACGGCGACUGGCGCGUGUGGAAGCAACGGCUCGUGCGCGACGAACUCUGGAUAGGCGACGGCUCGGAGGAGAUCGAGGCCAAGGAGAUCAUCACCGGCACCCGCGAGAACCUCUUCCUCAAGCGCUGGCGAGCCGGCGUGUGGGACAAUGAGGCGGGCGUCUCGGCCGCCGAGGCCUGGGCCGGAGAGGACUUUGUCAUGCACAUCGAAGGUCUGCGCGCACAGAUCGACUCGGACGAGUACCUGGCCGCCGGUUCUGCUUCAGCGGCACGCCGACCGUCGCAAGCGUUUCGGCUGGCGUCACCGCAGUCGUCGCGCGAGGCGUCACCCUUUUCGCAAGGUCACUUCGUGCAUCCAUUCAAAAAGCUUUACCAGCGACGAUUUGAAGCGCGCGGCAACUGGAUGCACCGGACGCCCAAGAGCAUCAGCUUCGCUUGCAACGCCAAUAACGUCGUCACGUGCCUGCAGUUCGACAAGGACAAGAUCGUGUCGGCGUCGGACGACCACUCGAUUCACGUCUGGAACACGCGCACGGGGGAAGCCAAGGCCCAGCUGCAAGGCCACGAGGGCGAAGUGUGGGCUCUGCAGUACGUCGGCAACGUCCUCGUCUCGGGCUCGACGGACCGCACCGUCCGCGUGUGGGACCUCGACCAAGGGCGGUGCACCCACACCUUUGUCGGCCACACCUCGACCGUGCGCUGCCUCCAGAUCAUCGAGCCGCAAAACGUCAAUCCCGACCCGAGCGGCGUCCCCAUCUGGGAACCUCCAUUCCCGCUCAUCGUCACGGGCUCUCGCGACUGGUCGUUGCGCGUUUGGAAGCUGCCGACGCCGGGCAAGGACGCCGACUACCAGCCGACGGUCCCGCAGUCGCCGACGGAGGAGAAUACGGAUCCGGGCGAGAACCCAUACCACUUGCGUCACCUCGCUGGUCAUCGACACGCUGUGCGGGCGCUAGCGGCGCACGGACGCAUCGUCGUCUCGGGCUCGUACGACUGCCACGUCCGAGUCUGGGACGUUAUGACGGGCCAGUCCCUGCAUCGCCUGACAGGCCACACCCAAAAAGUAUACUCGGUCGUGUACGACCAUCGUCGCGACCACUGCGCUUCGGGGUCGAUGGACGGCACCGUGCGCCUCUGGUCGACCAAGACCGGCCAAUGCCUCGCGACCCUGAACGGCCAUUCUUCGCUCGUCGGUCUCCUCGGCCUCUCGCACCGCAACCUGGUCUCGGCGGCCGCGGAUUCGACCCUGCGCAUCUGGGAUCCGACCACGGGCGAGUGUCGGCACACACUCGCAGCGCAUUCAGGCGCCAUCACGUGCUUCCAGCACGACGAGUACAAGGUCGUUUCUGGCUCUGACGGCACACUGAAGAUGUGGGACGUGCGCGAUGGCUCGUUCACGCGGGAUCUCCUGACGGGGCUGACGGGCGUGUGGCAGGUCGCGUUCGAUCGACGGUUCUGCGUCGCAGCGAUUCAACGCAACGGCCAAAGCGAGUUUGAGGUGCUCGAUUUUUUCCCCGAGGAGAACGACGACGACGAUCCCGAUGAGGAUAGCCACUCGGCUUCGGCCGGCGACGACGGGAUGGGGGGAACCAAGGCGCGCAGACGCUCGCGCAGAAAGGAACAACGAGGCGAGGGUACGGCGGCGACAACGGGACAAAGCAUGGACGACCUUAUCAUCGGCUCGGAUCAAGAAGACGACGACUCGGAAGGAGGCUCGGAUGGAAUGGAGGUCGGGCCCGACACGACGCAAGGCACCGGCGGGUUCAGCGCCCAUCGUUUCCCUGCGCGUCGCCUCGACGGUCCGCAGGGUGCUCCACCAAGAGCAACAUCCGACGCACUCUUUGGGGCUCCGGUGCUCGACAACACGAUUGUGACGCCACAGAAUGGUUUGACUCUGGCGUCCAGUGCGACGAACCCGCACCCGAAUCGAUCGCCGUCGCCGACGACGAGCCAGCGUCGCUCGUUCCCGGUCAUGCUGCGAGCCGAAGAGUUCCCUCGACGCUCUUUUGGCGAUGCCGUCGCGCCCAUCGCGUCCUUGGCGACGACGCAGACGACCCCCGUCGCCUCAACGUCUUCGAACAGUGCGCGGCAGAUCCGUCGCGUCGCCUCGGCGAACCGACUGCACUCGGCCUUCUCCACGCCCCACAACCACCAGGCCCCGAACGUAGGAGCCCACCUGGCCUCUGGUGCGAGCACAGGGCCAGAGGGGGGGCCAGAGGACAUGGAUGUUGAAGCGGGCGAGCAACGGGGUCGGAUGUAA